GCGGGGCCCGCCCGCCGGGCAACCUGCGGCUCGGAAGGAGCCUGGGAAUAGCGUCUAGCCCCGGACCGGCGCGGGGGGUAGACGCGGACCGUUCGGCUGCAGCCCCCGCCCGCCGAGCCUCUAGGUCGUGUCCAUCCUGGGUAAGACAGGAGGGUCAGAGCCGGGCCCCGACGCUCUGGCCACGGCCGGAACCCCAGGCUCGCGGCCCCAGUUUCCGGUCGGCGGAGGCGCUCAGGGGCCCGAGCCCACGGAAGCGGGCUUGGGGGUCGGGGCCGGACAGGAGAUGGCGCCGCCUGCGGGUGGCGCGGCGGCGGCCUCGGACCCGGACUCGGCCGCGGUGCUCCUGGCUGUGCACGCCGCGGUGAGGCCGCUGGGCGCGGGGCCGGACGCCGAGGCACAGCUGCGCAGGCUGCAGCUGAGCGCGGACCCCGAGCGGCCCGGGCGUUUCCGGCUGGAGCUGCUGGGCUCGGGACCCGGCGCGGUCAGUUUGGAGUGGCCCUUGGAGUCAGUUUCCUACACGGUCCGAGGUCCCAGCCAGCAUGAGCUGCAGCCCCCGCCAGGAGGGCCUGGGACCCUCAGCCUGCACUUCCUCAACCCUCAGGAAGCUCAGCGGUGGGCAGCUCUAGUCCGAGGUGCCACCAUGGAGGGACAGAAUGAUGUGUACCCUGGCACCCGCUCUGUGCUGAGCAUGUUAGGCCUUGGAGACUUAGCAGGAAUGAGACUUGGACUUCCUGCCCUCUUGGGACUUGAAUUUCCAGAGAGGAGAACAUAUAACAUUGGCAGCCUGCCCCAAGCCCUGGGCCUAGAAAUGUGCCCUGUUUCCCCACCCAGUCCCCCUGGAGUGCCCACACUCCGGGCCCCACAACCCAAGGUGGAUCUUUGCUGGAGCCCUGGAGACUUGACGGAGAAAGAAGAGCUGGUGGGGCGCCUGGCCCAAGCCAUCGAGGGUGGGGACGAGAAGGGGGCAGCCCAAGCAGCGGCCACCCUGGCCCGACAUCAUGUGGCUCUGAGUGUCCAGCUCCAGGAGGCCUGCUUCCCUCCUGGCCCCAUCAGGCUACAGGUGACGGUUGAGGACGCCGCGUCCUCUGCCCACGUCUCGCUGCACGUUCACCCCCACUGCACCAUUGCGACCCUCCAGGAGCAGGUGUUCUCGGAGUUUGGCUUCCCACCAGCUGUGCAGCGCUGGGUCAUUGGGCGGCGCCUGUGUGUGCCCGAGCGCAGCCUCGCUUCCUACGGGGUCCAGCGGGAUGGGGACCCCGCUUUCCUCUACCUGCUCUCAGCCCCGCGAGAAGCCCCAGGACGCAGCCCUCAGUGUCCCCAGAAGAUGGAUGGGGAACUAAGUCGCCUGUUUCCUCAGUCACUGGGGCAGCCCAGAGCUCCUCUGCCAGCCACCUCCAGCCUCCCCAGCCCCCUUCAGCCUGGCUGGUCCUGCCCUUCCUGCACGUUCAUCAAUGCUCCCAGCCGACCCGGCUGUGAGAUGUGCAGCACCCAGAAGCCCUGCACUUGGGACCCCCUUCCUGCAGUUUCCACCCCGCUGGCAAAGGUCACAAGGAGAGAGGAUGGCCCUGUCCCUCCAGGCUCAAGGUCCCUGGACCCCCUCCUAAAACUCUCAGGAGACCUUUGCUGACUGCUUGCUAGGGGUCAAGCCAGGUUUGUGGAGGGGCCACAAUCUGGAGUCAUUAAAGGCGCUUCUGAGCCAGCUGA